UAUAGCCAACGAGCGCCUAUAACACAGAACAACAACACAGCCAAACGUGGACGAGGACUUUACGCAAUAUUUACCUACCUUGGAACAAGAUAAAUUAUUUACAAAAACCAUGUUGGAUUGACUGGAGAAAAACUCUAAUCAAUGGAUUGGUUUUGAGAUCGUUUGGUAAUAUUAUCACUUCAGGAGUCUGAGAGAGGGAGAGUGAGCGCGCGCCUCUGUCUGUGUGUUUGAGUCUGAGUGAAAGGACCGAGAAGGAGCGGGAGAGAGAGGGAGGGGAGGGAGGUGGGAUCAGGAAAGAUAUAUUCUUUCAGUGAUGGAACUCACAAUGGAAAACCUUGGAAACCUCCACGGCGUCUCGCACUCACAGGCCGGGGAACUGAUGAGCUCCACGCACGCCCGGCAGUCCUCCGCCCCUUCACACCGGAAUCUGGUUUCUCACGCACACGGCCGGUCGGCCAUGGUGUCUAGUAUGGCCGCGAUCCUGGAUGGUACCGGGGACUACCGGACAGACCCCUCGGCGCUCUCUGGCCACCUCCACCCGGCUAUGAGCAUGUGUGAGUCCGGGAUGAGCCUGAGCAACACCUACACCACCCUGACCCCUCUCCAGCACCUACCUCCCAUAUCCACGGUCUCCGACAAGUUCCACCACCCACACCCACACUCCCACCACCACGCAGCCGCCCACCAGCGACUCUCCGCGGGGAACGUCAGCGGGAGCUUUACGUUGAUGAGGGAUGACCACCGUGGGCUGACGUCUAUGGGAAACCUGUACGGCCACUACCCUAAAGAUAUGUCCGGCAUGGUCCAUGGGUCACUCUCCCCGUUGUCCAACAGUCUCGGCUCUUUGCACAACUCCCAGCAGACGCUCUCAGCCUACGGUCCAAGUGCUCACCUUACCAAUGAUGCCAAGAUGCUCUCUCCCGUGACAGGCUUCGAGUCCCACGCCGCAAUGCUGUCCCGGAGCGAGGAGCACCUUGCCAGGGGGUUAGGCGGCCAUGGGCAUGGCAUGAUGUCCAACCUCAACGGGAUGCACCAUCCGCACAGCCACCUUCACUCCCAGGCCAAUGGGGCAGCGAUGCUGGCCGAGCGAGAGAGGCACGGGGCUGGGUCCGGCCAGGGAGGAGUGUCGGGAGGGCAGGCGGAGGAGAUCAACACGAAAGAGGUGGCUCAACGGAUAACGGCAGAGCUGAAGCGCUACUCAAUUCCCCAGGCUAUUUUCGCCCAGAGGAUCCUAUGUCGGUCCCAAGGAACCCUCUCGGAUCUUCUGCGGAACCCCAAGCCGUGGAGUAAACUCAAGUCAGGCCGGGAGACGUUUAGGAGAAUGUGGAAGUGGCUCCAGGAGCCCGAGUUUCAGCGGAUGUCUGCCCUUCGGUUGGCGGCCUGUAAGCGGAAGGAGCAGGACCAGGGUCGUGAGAGGAACCUGGUCCCCAAGAAACAGCGGUUGGUAUUCACGGACCUGCAGCGCCGCACGCUGGCGGCCAUCUUUAGGGAGAACCGCCGUCCAUCCAAGGAGAUGCAGAUCACCAUCAGCCAUCAGCUAGGCCUGGAGCUCUCCACCGUCUCCAACUUCUUCAUGAACGCUCGGCGACGCUGCCAUGCCGACCGCUGGGGGUCCACUGGAGGCGCAGAGGGGAACGAGCACGCGGGUGUGCACGGGAGCGUGCACGGGCACGGUCAUAUGCAGGCUCAUGGGAACAACAACAACGCCGGUUCGUCCCCGGCACAACCGGGCACCUCCUCUGCUACCACCUUCUCCAAGGCCUGAGAUGGAGGGGAAGAGGGUGGUGGGAUCUAAAGCAGAGGUCACUGACCCUGGUGGUCCUGGAGGGCUGUAGUGUGUGCAUGCUUUUGUUCCAGCCCAGCACUAACACACCUGAUUAAUCUACUGAGUUGAAUCAGGUGUGUAUGACCAUUGGUCUGAAGGUGUUCUCUUUUUGCGCUGAAUCUCACCCUUUACUCCAUUUAGUUGUGUCUGUCAGAAAUCAAAGAGAAACCAAUGGGUCUGGGGAGGAUGUAUUGGUAUCCCAAAUUAUCCUCAGACACUUUAGUUUGAGCAAAUCUGUCAGUAAAACCAAAGAAAAAACGAUCCAGAGAAAUUCAGAGGGUCGAUCAGUUAGGUCCACAGAAUAGCUUUCUCUCUCUUUUGGGAUUGAUCGGUCCACAAGCUUAAGUUUUUGACCAAGCAAAUACACCAAAGACAAGCCCAUGGUAAUAGACCUGACUGCACAACAUCAGAGGCCAUGUUUGUGAAAAAGGCAAGGAUAAACAUGCAGACAUGUCCUCUGCUCAGUCAGAAAAACACACCUUUCACUGUGUGUGUGUGUGUGUGUGUGUGUGUAUGUGUGUAUGUUCUGUACAUGCAUGUAUGCUUGCGUGUGUGUGUGUACAAUUCCACUCCAGGGGUGUAAUUUCUGAGCAGCAAUCUGUUUUCUGCAGUGCAAGUGCAACAGUGCCACCUGCUGGUUGUUACAGUACACUGUUGAGUGUUUCUGUGUGACAGGAGUAGGCAAAUAAUUUUUAUCAGAGCGCAUGGUCUGGGGCAGGAACACAGUUAUAAUAAUUUGUACUCUGCAAAUUGACCACAACUAAGCCCAAAAAGAGAUUGUAUUUGAAAGUAACAAUAAUUGAAUUCCUUGAUUACAUUGAGACAUGCACGAUCACGUCUAAUCUUUUAUUCGUUGGAAUAAUUUGGAACAGACGUCCUAAAUUAAACAAUUUUUUUGCUUAGUUCCUUGUGAUUUGACAGUAUUUUUGACCAAAUGCUAAAAUCUCCCAAAAUCAUGAUUAUUAUGUUUUACUAAAAACUUUGGCGGGGCAUAAUAAAUCACUCGCUGCCCAGUUUUGGCCCUUGGGCCGCCUGUUGCCUACCCCUGCUGUCUGACACCACAUCUCAAAAGUCUACCCGUCUCCGCUCAUUCAUCUGCACUGAUAUAAGACCUGGACAGGUGAAAGCCAAAUACCAGAAGAUCAGUCAUUACACUGUUUCACCUAUCCUGCACUUUCAGAUCAGAGCAGAUUAAGGAGCGGUUGAGACAUGCACACACACACAGCCUGAGCUGCUUUGUUUUUGGAACAGAGGACAUGUCUCAAGACUAUCAUCCAUAAUCAUCUUUUGAUGUUGAUUUGAUUAAGGUUCCAUUUUUAUGUAUGGCUGUUAACUAUGUAGCUACUGGAGGGUAUGUUUAGGUACCAAAGACUAACAAUCAAAUGGGAAUCAUCUGGACCUUAUUGAGUGUCCUAUCAAGGUAAAGGGAGGGGAUUGCCCUGCUCUAGUGGCCAAACCCAAGGGUCAAACUUCACAAUAUGAUAUGAGUGCCAAUGACGUUUACCCUUUUAUGAUAAUCAGAGAGAGCAGGUGCAGCUCCCUCACUUACCACGCCCCAGGUGGGCGGCCAGUGCCAUAGCAACCAACACAUCAUUCUAGAUCCCCUUAUAGAGAGGAAUUGGACGGGAAGAUGUGGCCAUUCCAUACCUCAGAACAAUGGAUUCAUGGAUAUGAUCAAUACUAACCAGAACAUAAUGAAAAUGAACUGUAAAUAAACUCUUUCUUUCAAGCUUCAGCUCUCUCCCUCUCCUCUCCUCUCCUCUCCUCUCCUCUCCUCUCCUCUCCUCUCCUCUCCUCUCCUCUCCUCUCCUCUCCUCUCCUCUCCUCUCCCUCUCCUCUCCUCUCCUCUCUUUCUUCUUCUUCUUUCUCUCUAUAAUAUUGAUGCGGGUAAAAGUAGUAUUAUAGUCACAAAGUUUCUCUGUUGUGACUAUUGUGCUCUGUUGUGCUGAAACGGGAAACAAGCACCUUGUUGACAAAACAGAAAAUAUAAAAGACCAAAAAAUAAUAAUCAACAUGGAAAAAGACUGAUCAUUUUCAAGGGAAUCAAACAAAUACAAAAUAAUGACUGUGCAUAUUUGUGAAUACUUGUGUGAUGAAGUAGAUUGACUCCUAGCUGGACUUCCCGAAGGACUUCUUUAUGACCUCUGAAUUUUCACCCCUGAACUGGACUGCCCCCUGCAUUCCGCUCUGCUGAAAGCUCCAAUGAUGGGGCACCGCGUUGGGUGGAGGAAGGGGUGAUGAUGUCACUUCCUCUUUAACCUUUAACCUCUCAUUUCCUGUUGGAGAGGUUUUAUGGGGGACAUACUGUAAAAGGCAGGAUCCAGGAAGAAAAAUAUUUUUGGGGGGUUACUGUGGAAACCGACCUUGGAAAUCCUUUUCCUUCCACUUGUGUAGCAUCUUCUAGCGGGCGAUAAUCAUAUUUAAGGUGGAGAUGCGGACAGGGACCAUGGGGGGUGUAGAGACGGUUUCACUCAGAGGCAGAGAAGAGACAGGUGACUAAGAGAGAUUUGUAGGUUUGUAGCGAGGAUGUUAAAAGGAUGUUCAAAUCCAAAGUGAAGCUGAGACAUGACGUAUACCUCACACAAUAGAGUGGACUGUGACACAGCCACGGAUACCAAAGAUACUUCAGCUGCCAGUCUGACGCUAGACCCAGGACUAGAAACCUAACACACACACACACACACACACACGCACGCACGCACGCACGCACGCACGCACGCAC